AUGAAGGCGCUGCCCUGCCCAUGCCCGGCCCUGCCCCGUUGCUGGCGGCCUGGGUCUCACUCCAUGGCUCAGGGCUCCGGCACUCAGUCCCUGGGGAAAGGGCCCCCGCUCAGCGUCCAGCUCCUGCGCGCACAGUACGAACGCUGGAGGCGGCAGCAGCGGGCCCAGGCCCACCUUGUGGUGCUCCCGAAAGGAGGGAACAUGCCUGCCCCUGCUGAAUCCAUGGUUAGUGCUGUUUGGAUUAACAAGGAGAGAAGGUGGUCACUGUCCCAGGAACAGGCAGAUCCGGAGGCAGAGGGGAGCCCGGAGGAGGCUGACAGAGGCUGUGUCCAGACCCCCGAAUCUCCGUGGCACACGCACCUAGAGAUGCACCGCUCAGUCCAAACCUUCCACCAGGAAGCCAGUCUUCAAGAGCAACACAAGGGCAAGCUCAUGGUGCCUGAGCAAAGCCUCCCUCAGGGAGGAGCCCCAGGCCCGUCUGAAAACAAUCGGGUGACUCAGCAAGGGACCGCGACCCCAGAGGCAGCCCAGCAGGAACAUCAGGUGGGCAGCACCCAAUCAAAGGCAGCGGGGUCUGGCCCGAACACUGGCACUCAGUGCCCUCCUUCUGUCAAGAGUCCAUGCAGGUCUGGAAAACCAGCUCCCUACCCCUUUCCCCAGAGGAAAACUCCCAGGAUCUCCCAAGCUGCCCGCAGCCUCGGCUUAUACGGCCCAGCCUGAAGCUUUCCACUCAGCCACUGACGGCCUCAUCAAAGAGCCCAGGAAGCAGAGCCCACAGCGAGGCCUGGAGCUUGGAGCAAGAAUGGACUAAUCCAAUCGUAAGGCUUGUUGGACAUGAACUGCACAGUGGGCACGCGGUCUCGCCCUUCAAAACGGCAGAGAUUGCCUGGGCCGGACUGCUCACAGUUCAGGCUGAAAGAGUGCUGUCCCACCAGCGCGGCCCAUUCCGCUUGCAUGAGGAGCCCUGCCCUGCAGCCAGGAGGCCAUCUGCUCCGUCCCCAGAAGUGGGGAAUUUGGGGCCAUACCACAGGCCGCCUCGCCAUGGAAUAACCCUAGCAGUGCCCUGGUGCCAGCAGACAGGGGCACCCUCGUUUUCAGGGUCUUCCGAUGGCCUCUCAUCUACUCUGGAGAAGACGGAUUCUGAGAACUGCUAUUUCUGGUCGCUAUGCCUGGAGGCCAGCCCACUUAGAAGUCACCGCGUUCUUGGUAGUGACCACUAUUUCUGCUGAGUCCCCCAAAUACGGUCACCCUGGGUAAAAAAGAUCAGAACAAUGCCACCCACCAUUUGGUGUGUUUAAAGUGUCCUUAGAAAGGGUUGGUCGUGUCUCCCCUCUUACUCGGUCUCCCCACUCCAGUCUCAUCUCGGAUUUAUUUCCUUCUCUCCUUCCUUCUCUCCCUUCCUUCCUUUGCUUCAACCUCUUUGUCUUCUCUCCUUCCCUCCCUCCCUCCCUCUCUCUCUCCAAUUAAGUUCUUCCUAAGCACUGCCGAUCAUCGCAGGUACCUCCUAAUAGGAGCCUGAGCAGGAGAGAGAAAUGCGCCUGCGUGGAAAAUAUGUGUUCCCCACGAACUGGUCCUGUUUCAGCCAAAUUCAGAUGGUUCAGAUCCUUCCUGGGACAUCUGAAAUCUAAGACAAUGUGAAGCAGGUGUUACUUGGGUGACGGGGAGAAAGUAGGUCUUCCCCAGUUAAUGUGUAACUUUGGUAAUGGGAUUUAAAUACACGUAAGGUGCCUUUCCCUUAUCAGAUUCUCUCUGUAAAAUUUCACCUGCAUCCUCCCUUUUUUCCCCAUAGCAAUUGAGUCCUGACCAUCUGCAUCCAGAGUGGUUAACUAAGAAUGUCAUUUCCUGUCAAAAAUACAUGUGCCUGCUCCUUAGACCACCAGAAAUUCACUCCAAUUUGGGAUUCAUUGCGAUUCCUUUGUGAAUAAUUAGUCAAUUGUGAUUUUUUUAUAGUCUAAUGAAAAUACAAGGAAAUUUUCUGAAGAAACUGUCUUUUGCCUUUGUUUUAAAGAGGAUUCCCACAAGUAAACCCCCUUUCUACAAUGUAUCAAUCAGGAUAGGCUACAUUUUGCUGUAGUAAUAAGCAAUCCCCAAAUCUCCCAACAGAAGCUUUUUUUAUUCAUCUAAAGUCGCCUGUGGAUUUGGGCAAACUUCUAGGGCAGCUCUCCCACAUGUAUUACCAGCAAUUCAGGCUGCUUCAAUCUAUGGCAACAUCAGAUCAAUACUGGUUUCCCUAAUCACUGUAGCAGGAGAGCAAAGUGCAUUAAUAGUCAUGUACUAGCUCACAUCACUUCUGCUCAUGUUUCAUUGUGCAAAGCAAGUCACAGGAUAUGAGGAAGCGCAGUCAUUCCAUGUGCCUGGAAGCACAGAAGAAAUGGAAAUGUCAGUGAACUGAACUAAUGGCUAACACAGGUAGACAGGCUCCAGGUCACCGUACACUGCUAGAUUUCAUUCUCUAUACACUAAGUAGCCAUUAAGGGAUUUACGUAUGAGACAAAAUGAUUUGAAGUGCAGUUUAACCAGAUCACUCUGGUGUUCUAUGGAGAAACAGUUGAAAGUCAUGUUAAGAGGUGAUAUCAGGGGACAAAAUGGCCAGGAACAAGUUUAAUAUGGAAGAUGCUAUUACCUCAAGCAAGAGUGGGGGCGGAGAGAUGGAGGCUAUGUGGAUACAUUUGAUAUAUCUGGAGAUAGAAUCAAUAGGAUUUACUAAAGGAAAGUUAUAAGUUCAGUAUGAAGGACACUGAGUUGGAGAUGCUCAUGAGACACAUAAAUGAAGAUAUCAAAUAGGCAAAUGGCUAAGUGAGCCUAGGGUUCUGGGCUAACCACAUGGAUUUAAGUGUCAUGAGUAUGUGGAGUUACUUCAAAGGAGGAGGAGGAAAGAGAAGAUCACCUCUGCAGAGUGUAGAGAGAAAACGGGGUCCAGAAUGAGUCCUGAAAACUCCCAAUUUACCUAGUUGAAAAACCUCUAAGGAAUUUUCCAGUCCUUAGAAGAGGUGGGGUACAGGGAGGAGGAGGCAGCGAAGGACACUGGAGAAAGGAGAGCCAGGGGGUGUGGGGUCACAGACCUCAAGAGGCAAGCGAGAGAGCAAGACAUUGCACAGGCUACUCCUGAAAUUGCAAACCUUCCACAAACCCCCAUUUUCCUAGAGUCCACAGUCUUCAGUCUUAAAUGCUCUUUCUUGAGCAUGGGUUUAAAAGUCCAGAGGACACGAGGCAAUGCUGGAUAUAGGAGAACUUCUCAGCCAAGUGCAGACCAGGUCAGUGCCAGCGAGUUCGGGUCAGAGUUUUGAAUCCUUCCAUUCUCUUCCCACAAGGCUGCUUCUGCCAGGAGCAUCAGACCAGAACCAUCUCCCUGUUUCUUAACCACACUCAUACUCUUCUAUCCAAACAGCUGGGGCAAGGGGCUCAGAUUAUGAAUGGGCUGUCACACUACCCACUCUGAUUUUCUCUCCAAGGCUAGCCAUGGCUGGAGCUGACUUUCUCUACCCCCCUCUUCACAGUGCUAGUGGAGGGAGGUUUUCCUAAGCCAGAGAACAACCAGCUCACAUUGAAAAUCCAGUGCCAGGCAGGUUACAUCAAGUCUCCUGGCCUUCCAGCCACAGUGAGCAGCCCCCCCCCACCCCAUGUGGCUGCCAUGAGAUAGGCAAUCGGAUUCACUCCUCCCGGGAUGGGGAGCGUCCAGGCUCCAGUCUCAGCACUGCAUUGGUGGACAAGACCUUAGCUGAGUGCUGUAAUUCUCGGAGCCACAGAUUUCCCAGUCGCAGAGUGAGGUGAUACCCUCUGCUGGUCCGUUGGUGGCCAUUUCUGUACCUGCGUGUGGUGGUCAGCCUUGCGGGAGAUGGCAGCCCACAUAAGCAAACCCAAAUAGAAGCCUGUAAUGCCUUCAGACUGUAAAACGGAAACCUAAGGAUAACUAAUCAUAAACUACUGCCUAAGCUUUAAACUAUGGACAUUCAAGAAUUUCCUUCCUUUGCUUCUGCACCUUUGCUAGAAAAUCUCUCCCAGCUCCUGUCGGUAGAGCCCUGCUAACUGCUUCCCAUUGGGCACUACCUGAUCCCAGUUGAUUUUUGCUCAUCAAAAAUUUUAAUAGGCCUCAGUUUCUACUUUAACACUACCAUUUUAAAUACCUCCUUCUGACUCCCUCCCCUACUUCUGUAUCACCAUAGCUGGGAGAUCCCAUUCAACUAUUUUUGAAUUAAAACCAUCAGCAGUGAAAUUGGUGCUUCUAUCUGGAGCGCCAGAGGACACCAUAUGGCUUUUCGUUUAGGAAAACUAAACACUGCUUCCUAAACCUAACCUUUCCCCAGCCUUUGAGGCUUUGGUUACUCCACCUCUGCACUAAAACAUCUUUCUGAAUAAUUUCCUUAUUGCUGAGAAAGACCCAGGUCACCUAAUUUCCACAUUUUCCCUGGGGCAUAAAUUCCAGAAGUUCACCUGCUGUGAUUGUGUGUCUCCCACAGCUAACAACAUGCCUCCUAGAAACAGUGUUCAAAGGUCCUUCUCAUUUUAUUUCUUGGCCUUGGGCUUGUGGCAAUUACAUUACGUUUUCCCCUCCACUUCCAUCCAGAAAGGUGAGACACCUGCUAUAUACUAUUAAUCCUUUUAUCUCCCUUUUGUCUAUUCAUUGAUGAAUCCACCCCCUGACUUCCCCAGUCCAAGAGCAUAAUCAAGACUUGGCAGCAUGCCCACCCGUCAGCCCUAACGGAGAAAAGGAGGAGGAAAAGCCGGCGGUGAUAAAUACUGGGUCUCCCGACAACGCCAACUCAGAGUGUUUGUAAGGUGGGCCUGAGCUGGCCCUCACAAGCAGAAUCCGGCCCAGAUCCAGGUUAGCAAAUAUUCUCCCAGAGUGGAGCUGCUCCCCUUCCCGAGAAAUGCAGGUGUCCUGUGGCGGAAGGGUCCUGAGAAAGCCUGUGCCCACUCCUGUCCCUGCCCUCACAGGCCUCAGAUUCUCCCCCAACACCAGAGCCUCGGUAUCCUUUAAGGUUCUGCCCACAACACAGUGUGGCUACACUUGCAACCUGAGGGCUGGGGGCAGUGGCCCCCCAAAUCCCACACUCCUGUCUACUGAGCUGUACCUCAUUCUGGCAAGACUGAUGGGGAGACCUUACGUGAGCUGGACCUAAUGUGAGCCAUGAGGCGCUUUUUGCCCCACGAGCCUUAGGCUCCCAUCAAGGGUGGCCCUGUCCUCUACGACCAUGCUUCUCAACCCUGAUUACACAGGAAAACCAUCAGGAAGCUUGAGAACAUUCCAUUAAGUGACAACCCCUGGAGUAGGGCCAGAGUAUUGGUAGUCACUGUUUACAUUUUGAUCAAGACAUAAAAUAUGUAAAAUGUGACAAG